GCCGACUCCUGUGAGUUUUCCUGAGUUCCUGGGGGACUGCUUUGCUUUUUGAAUCAGAAAGUUGGAAACUACCAUCAAGAAUGGCACUUGUAGAUAAACACAAAGUCAAGCGGCAGCGACUGGACAGAAUUUGUGAAGCACUCAGAAACAGCGAGAUCCAGGUCCACGGCUAGAUCUCCCAUCUUCUGGGUUGACACGAACUACAGUCGUGUUGGUGUUGAAAUAUUGGCAAGGGACACACUGGUUCCACUCAUUCCUCCCCACAGUCACGUUCACGGACUGUUUAAUUACCCAGUGUCAUGUCCCACACUGCUGGCACGAACCCUGCCCUGCUGCCCUUGGGGGUUUGGGUAAAGCUCAGAGUCCUCCACUCCCACACAGCCACCGCUCUCCUUCUUAAGGCUUUGGCAGGGCAGAGGUUUGGCUGUCUCACAGCUGCUGCUUUGUGGAUAUGGAACUUGACCAUCUCCCGUAACACUGAAUAUUUUCUAAAAAUGGGUGGAAGUUGAUAAAUCAUUCUUGAAGUAUAUCGGAGAUGGAACUUGAUGGUCCCUUCCAACCCAAGCCAUCCUAUGAUAUUUCAUACACUUUGGAGCAGAUUGUUAGAAUGGCUUUUGUUUUGUUGAUGUGUGAUGAUGAGACAGUUGCUGUUAAUUGUUCUUUAUUAAUCGUGUGUUACAGUGGCACAGCUGACUCUUACCUUCCAUUUAUUCAAUUUUCCAGCAGAAGUCGGUAGCUAACCUUUUCCUAUUGUAGCUCACGUGAAGUUACCUAUGAUGGAAGUCAAGCGAUGGCAAACAACCUCUGACUUUCAGGUGUACACUCUGAUACUUCUCUUAUGCAAACUGACACUCAUGAAAGUUUUACCAUCAGUAGCAAAAGCAGAGCAGAGUAUUAUUUUAGGAAAAAUAUCGUAAGUCGAGUCUCUUAAGGAGCUCCAGUUUUUAUCUGCUUUUGAGAUGAACAGUGGCCUGCAGGGUAACAAUUUGCUGUAUUACUUGAAUGCCAACCAAGUGAAAUAGGUUUUGCUCUUGGAUGAAAGCGCAGAGCUCACGUGGGAGUUGUACUGCAUCCAUUUUAGCAAAGUGUGUGGGGUUUGUGGAGCUUCCAGGGAGUGUAAAAUGCUGAGCAGUGGGACAAGGUGGGUUUUGGAUGGAUGGAUGUGUUAUGUAUUGCUUGCUCCAGCGUGCCAAAGCUGUUGCUCUACACUUUAGCUUUAGAUCAGGGUGAGCCUCAUGCCCUCCUGCACAUGCAGAGCCCCGUGAACGUGCUGAGUAUUGCCCAGGAAGCAGCAGCAUUGGUGGGGAGCUGAAUGCCAAGCUCAGAGAACAGCUGACAGGACCAAAAAAUCAGCUCUUUGUUUAAUCAUGUCAUACAAAAAAAUGGAGAAGCAGUCCUGCCUCUCUAAUUGACCCAUCCCAAACGAGAUUCGUGUGUGAGCAGCACUGCGUCCCCGGGCAGGACACGAAGCCCUGUAGAUUUUGGAGGGGGGAAGCACAGCAGAAAAAGGUGAGGAGCCAGGAAGGGGUAUCCAGAGUGUGCUGAAGCGUGGAGCUGCAUAUUUCUCCUUUCGAAUGUCAUAAACACUCAGGUGUACUACAGUAUCUCAUCUUCAAAACUUACUUUGAACUCGACUUAAAAGAGUUGUGUCAGCUGAGCCUGGAUGUUCAAAAGCCGCCUUCCCGGUUUGAUGUUUACUAUCAGAUCGAGCUGCUGAGUGUACAAGAAAUUCAAAAGGAUUGUACGACAAACCUGCUAACAGAGCUUUAGAUGUGAUUGAAGUUUAGAUUAUUUUCCUCUGAUAUAUGAGCUUUUUUCUUCUUUCUUGGUCAGAAGAUAUUCUUUCUUAAUCUGUAAGCAUGCAGAAGACAUAACUAUUUAAAGUAUACUUUGUCAUUUGCCAGCUGUGUUGUGAUUUGAUUUUAGGGGUGGGAUUCAUGUUGUAAGACACUUGUAUUUAUAAGCAACAGAUCAUGACUGUGCGCUGUAAGCAGCAUUAUAAAAGCUCCCCUGAAAAAUGCAAAGGGCAUGGGAUUUCACAAAAUACUGGGCUCGUAGGACUGCAGUAUUCCAUACUGACAUCUCUGGUGGCUAUUUUUUGUUAAAGACACCUAGUCUUGGAUUAUAGCAGAGGAAAGCACAGAGGAGCGGAUGUUCCAGCUGCUGAAAACACACCUGAAACAACAAGCUUUUCUCUGGGCAUUGUCUUGAAAGGUCCACAGAGUACGUGGUGAAAUACGGUGAGAAAUUAGGCAGCUAUUGUGGUGGGCUGAUGCGAGGAGCCUUUUCUGACAGCGUGCUGCUCGCUGACAGUUCCCAUCUCUCCAUCAAGCCAAGGGCAGUGUAGUCCAGAAAAGUCACCUGUAGGGUUCCUGUUGGGUUGGUGUUUGGACUUGAUGGUCUUAGAGGCCUUUUCCAACCUGAGUAACUCUAUGCGUCUUUGUUUAGUGGAAGCGCUCGUGCAGUUUCUCUCUUUAAACAAACAGGUGGAACGCAAAACUGUAGAACUGAUGGAAAGCUGAAUGUUUUGUGUGCAGUACACAGGGGAUUUCUGUGCUUGUUACGAGGUUGGUGUGCUGUACCAUCCCUUUCAUGGCACGCUCAGGAAGGGAUGUCAAUCAGUGCGGCAGGCUGGUGGCACCUCUGGAGCUGACCCAUCCUCAGGCUCCCCGCUGCAUGCUGUAAGCUCUGUCCAAAGAGUGCUAUUAGUGCCCCAGGUCUGCACCGUGCUGCACAAACUGCCACCGAACAGCAGUUCUUAAUAGGGGGCUGCUGGAAACAUAACAGGCACAUGUCGAGGGAAAUAGCUUACAAACUGCCGCGGCACUAAAAGAGCGUUUUAAGAAGCUGCAGUGUUUCUGUGUCUCUGUUAAAUGUGCAUCUGGCACGGAAAAGUGAUCCAAGCUGUACAAAGGGUGGUAUCUCUGAAAAUGCCUUUAUGUGCAGGUUUAUGAGCCUUCCAGGAAGAAGGGGAGGUUGGUCUCAUUGCAUUACACCGUGCUCUGUCUUUGUAUGACAGAGCUCCUUUUCCUGCUAAGCAGGCUGUUUCCAAGGGGUGAGCUGUGCACCAGGUAACAGGCUUUGCUCUGUAGAAAACUACGAGUGGGAUAAUGGUCCAUACUUAAGGAGGUAGAUAAAUAUUAGGGCAACAGCCUGCAUUAAUGGCAUUUGGAGCAGCCUGCUAAGAAUUAAACGAGUUUGUGGUGCCCAUCAGAGCGAAGCGACGCCUUAGCACACCCGCUUCUUUCUUCUCUGGUUGUCCCACAGAGUUUGGGUGCCGAUGCUGUAAUUGGAUCCAUGUGGGUGGAAAGAUGGAUCCAGUGAAGGGCUGGGGUUUUGGAAAAUAAUGUGCGGAGCGGUUUACAGAGUUCCUGUUUGUGGAAUCGUGGCUAAUUACGUAGCGAGUCCAAAUAUGCCUUAGAGGUGGAGCUGCUGGUGCUGUGUCUAGUUAGAGUUGUCCAGCACCCCUUAGUUCAAUUCUCUUCCCAUUCGCUUGUAAUUUUGCCACUUUUUACAUUUGUUUGAGCUGAAUUUUUUCCAUUUCAUGAUGAGUUUUUAGUGAAUUUGAAAAAGAAAAAAAAAAGCUCCAGCAAAGACUGUUGAGCCGUGUCGAAGCGGGAGAUGUGGAGGAAUGUUGGUUUUGCUGCGUUGGAAACAAAGCAGAGCCCCCAGUGUGCAGCGUGGAAGUCGCAGUGCCCUCCUGCUCUGCUUGGGAAAAAAAGAGUCUAAAUUGUGCAGCGGGAUGUGCCAGGAGCGUGCCCGCUAUUGUUCCCAAAUUUGGGGCCAUUUCUUGGCCUUUGAACACAGUGAUGCUCACACACGUCCUCAUUGGACACUGGUGAACACUUGGGUGUGCUGUCACCGGGGGGGACUCCUCUGCAUCCCCCUCAAGUUGCAUGGUGCUUUGGGUACUCAACGGGGACAAGGCAGUAGUUGUGGCACAGCCGGGAUGCUGAUGGCAGUGUCUUGCCUCUGUGUAAAGCACAAGUUUCCCAACCCCACUGAAUUCCUCUUCAGUGAUCCCCAGUGCUGCCUCUGCUCUAUAGCAUUGCAGCUGCGCUGCCCUGCUGUCUGCAGCUCCGGUGCCAUGAAAUUUUAAUGCUUGGCUUUAUAGGUUAAAGUUUGAACUGACAUUUAUGAGUCAGUUAAGCUUUCAACACACACCCAGAAAGUGGCAGCCCUGAGAUGAGCAAGAAGCAAAGAAGAAAAAUAAUGGCAAGGCCAAGUGAGCCCAGGCAUUUCCUGAUGGAGUUCUCACUUUAGAAUUUGUUGUUAUCUGGUGAGGAAUCGUGUCCUUACGCAUCACCAGAGCUGUCAGCGCCUUGUACAACUGCACAACCAUUGGAAGUGCCCCACAAGCUCUUUGUGGCUUUUGUUUGCUUUUAGGGCCUUUGGUGUGUCAGAUGGCUGAUAAAUGCCAGCACAGAAACAUCAUACUUCCAGUGCUCAGUGCAUGGGCCUCUUGGCUUUUGGAGCUACAGGCUUCUAAUCCCAAGGUGUUUGCCUUCCAGCCGCUGUAAAUUCUAGGUGGGAUGGAGGACUCCCCUUUGUCAUGUUUCCCCACCAGUUUUGUGGCUGAUCAAGGGAAGAGGAACAGAAGAGCUUAAGAGUCAUGCAAAAUCGAGGCAGACUUGGCAACACUUUGCUCCUGGCUGGGCCAGUGGCUCAUUAUUUCUUUGGUUGCAGUGGUGGUGCUGGUUGUGGAUUUUGACCACGGCCUCAUUAAGGAAGGUUUCUGCAUAGGACACCUGCUGGUUAAAACAAAGCACCCAGAUCUGGAAAGGAGCUGACGUGAGGGUGGGAGCAGUGGUGGGAGCCCCUCUGUGAAUUGCAGGAGGGAAUUUGGGGAAGGAAGGGAUGGUUUUAUCAUCAACAAAUUUAUCUUGGCUGUGGCUCUGUGGGGCUGGUUAAGUCAUUUCAGGGUGGGCAGGAAUUCCACGUUUCUGCCUGUGAUGGAAGUCAAUGCAAACCAUAUACAGUAGUAGUUGAAUAAAUGCACGAUGUAAUGCCAGGUAUGCUGGCAAAUAAAAUCUUGGACCUUUGUCAGGGGUGCUUUUUACUCUGUGCUCUGUAUUUCAGUUUCUCGUCCUUAAAAGUGGGCUUAAUAUCCCCACAGUCAAUUAUUGCUUAUGAUGCACUUUCUUAUCAUUAAAAAAAAAAGCCCUCGACAAAAGUGCCCCUAAAGAAUUGUCAUGGUUCUGGCUUUUCAGCAGUAUUUGAACAGCAUGUCCUUGAGAUUUGGGCUCGCACACCAGUAACAACAAAGACCAGAGCAGGUCCUCAUUCAGAAAGUGCAAUCCAUUUGGGCUGAAAAAUAGAGGAGCAUUGCCUGUGGAAGCACAGUUUGGAAAAUGUAAUUAAAAACUACCAGGUGGUCAAAAUGAAAGUUGUACAAGGGAACUGAAUUCUGGCAGUUUCUUGUUUCCCGGGCCAUAGUGUUUAGUUAGUAUGGUAUUGUGUAGGAAAUAGCCAGUUAUUAGACACUGUGAUGCUUGUAAUGCUGUAACAUUGAGUUGUUUCAGUGCUUGGCAUUCCUGUCUGCAGGUCUGGAGAGGGACUGGGCAGCACUGGAAAGCUGCUUGCUCCUAAGGAUAAUGUAACUGUGGCCAAAAUGAGUAUGUUUGAUAUUUGGGUGGAGGAAUUUUCUUCCAUUCUUGGAAAUUUGAAUGCCAAGUAGCAUCUGAUAAUACUUAUUUUUACGGCUUAGAAAUAGAAUCCUAUUAUCUCAGGAAAUUCUUAUCACCACUAGUCAUUUGAUGAGAAACAAUGAGUUGAAGAUGAUAUCAAAUGUGGAAGAAACUGCUUGUCCUGAGUAAAACUGACUUAUUUAGAACAAAUGUAGAGCUUUAUUUUUGUCUGGUGGCUUCGACUUUCUUUGUUCCAUGAUUAUAAAACACAGUACCAGGAUUUCCCCCCCGUAUAAAGCUUUUUGUGUAUAUUGUUUUCAAGUUUCCACCUCGAAGCACAUAAGCCAUCGGGCUUUUAAGGAAGGCUGGUUGCCACAUUUUGCCUAGAAAAAAGGAAAAGUUCAUUUGUCAGAUGCUCUGCCAUUGCACCCUGUGCUGAUUUGAUUUCUCUGAAGUUCUGUUUGGCUGCUCUUAACUCCUCACCAAGAGUCCAUAUGAAGUCCAUCAGCCGUUAUGGAGGUUUCAGAAAUCACUUCAAAUUCAGACAAAAGCUGGACUACGACUUGUUUUACCAAUUUAGGUAUUGGGAAGUGUUUCACUCAGCAUUGUUCUUAACUACCCAUUAGUUAAUAAUAGUAUUUGUUAAAAUUUUAAGAUUUUUUUUUUAAAUAAGACAGAAUCCAAUGGAUGAAGAGAAUUCUAGCAACUUCAGUGGGUUCGCAGACGUUAUACAAACUUAUUGACGUUGUCCCAUGAUUUUCAGCCCUUUUGCUGGGCAGCGCCAACCAUUUGCUCUAUGUAUGAGUGGACAUUUUGUGCUUCGUGGCAGGGGUGCGGUGUAUCUCCUAUUUCCCAGUAGGCUGUUGUCCUUAGAGCAGCGAGGCGUGGGCUGCUCGAGUAGUUUUCCAGCUUUGUGUAGAUUUUUUCUAUAUACAUUCACUUCUGUGCAGUCUAUCUCCAGUGACAUGCCACGGGGGGAUACGCACGACAAGAUGUAGGACUUGAGCCAGAUAUGAAGCCAGCCUGACAAAAUCCCCCGGGCAACCGGUAAAGAGUAAGACACAUUUAGAUAAGGUUACAGGAAGAAAAAAAUCAUGAAUUUGGUAUGCAGCCUCUUUGUAAUAGAUAUGUGAGUCAAGCUAUUACAAGAUGUAGAGCUCCCAUUUCCUGUGACUUGAGUGCUGUGUGCACAUAGGUAGGAAAAAAUGCUUCUGUUGUGUUGUCCUUGCAUGUAAGCCCAUAUUUAUGACAAUUUAUUAUGCAUUGAACUCUUAAGUCCACCUUGUAUUUUCCCAUUUUCUCCAGCCUUAAGACAAGGGUCCAUGUAGCAAGCUUUCUAACUUCACGUUAUUAAUUAAUGAUCACAGCUGAUGACUUCAACACCGUCAAUUUUCAUCCUUACCACAUUUCCCAUUUAAAUUAACUGGUUUGUGGAUUAACACAUUGUCAUCGUACCUGGCUUUCUUCUCUUACUCUAAAUCCUCCUCCUCAUCUGAAGUUUUCUCAGAAAAACAGCAGUAUCCCUGGACUAAGCAAGGAGAUGUGGAGCGAAGGUAUUGUGGGAGCGCCAGCCUUGGGGCAGCCCCGUCACCAUGUUCCCAAGCUCUGGAGUUUGGGAGCGCUGCCAAGGCUGCCUCCGACAUGCUGGGCUGGAAGUUGACUACUUCACCUUUCCAGAUACAUGAUGGGAAAGGAUCAGUCCUCAAGGACCCAUGAGAAUGGGAUGGAUUUUCCUCCCAAACACCAGGAAAAACUCACGUCUGUCUCCUAAGGGUUGACUACGUCUGGAUCCAGAUCAACCUUUUAGGUUUGAUACUGACUCUACUGACUAUUUACCAGUAAAUAUUUUGACAGGAGUGGGACAUCUGGCCAUAUAGUAAAAUAAAGCUGUAGAGAAAUGCAUUGCACAACUUUUCUUUUAUGCUUUUUGGUAUCUGCAAACAGAUGUAGUGGAUCUCUGCCAAAACAGUGAAGGUUUUCAUUAUGUGUGUUACAUCUGAGAGCUAUCUUCAUAGAGCAAGUUUUCUAGAGUUGGCUGUGAAUUUUUGUUGCCUUAAACUUAAAUGGCAUUGAUAAUUUCUUAAUGACACUAUCAUGUAGCCAAUUAGCUUAACGCGAUUAACUUGCGUUGUCUUUUUUUUAGGUUGUCUUAUAUACUCUCUACUGCCAUCUAGCACCUCAUCUUAAUAAUAAAUAGCUUUGGUUCGCAAAACAGCUGGUAGUUACAGCUUGGCAUCCAUUUCGGGGAGAAAAUAGUGUCACUGCCUGCUGGUGUUAACAGCUUUUGGAGUGAAUCAGCCAAUCAGCCAGAGCAAGGGGCUGGGGCUGCCAGCUUUGGCCUUGGGGUCAUCCCUGCCAUGCAGGAGCCAUCCCCAUGGAGGGUUGGGGAGUGCAGUAAGACGUGCCUGCAAGGAUGGUCUCUCCACAGUGGAAUCUUUAAUUAUUGCAAUGAAAUAAUAAAAUAUCUCAAUUUUUAAAGAAAAAAAAGAUAGUUUUUAGCCAAAAUAAUGCAUAUAAAUGCAUAUAUAUAUAUAUAUUUUUAAUUGUGUUGAGUUUGCAAGGAAGGUACGUAUUUCAAGCUCUUGGCAUCAUCAGGGAAAGUAAAGCAGGGAGACAGCCUGCUCUCCAGCCUGUUUAUCUCCUCAGGACCGUGUUACAACCUAGUAAUUAAUUAUUUUUUAUGCAGAGCCCAGACAUGCAUGGCAGAGUUCAGAAUUACAAUAUAUAUUCAUUUAACAAUGGAUUUCUCUCCUGCUUUCUGGGACAGAUACAAUUCCCAUGCUUUUCAUUACAUGUGCUAUUUGAAUCUUGAUCCUGAAUUCUUAUUAAAAAUGAUGAAUUUUGACCUAGAGGUCUAAUACCUAGUUUUGGAGACAAGGUGCUUGAUGUGAUUUCCAGAGGAUUAUUUUUAAGAGCGUUCCUAGAUUAGAUCUUCACAAAUUGUUGAGUGAUGCGCCCAGUGAACCUUGUCUGCUGGCUUUUCGACUGCCGUUCAGCAUCCAGAUUGAUUUUUGUUUUGUAGUCAUUGGCAGGGUGCAGUUGCAUGGUAUGGGGAUGCAGCUGAUGUAUUUAUUAUCCCUUUGUUGAACCAGGGAUGUCGCAAUACUUUUCAUGCUAACUUGUACUGGACUCUCCCAAUACUUGAAGGCAAAAUUGUUUCCCAUUGAAGACUCAAGAGCCUGUAGGGUUCAUUCUGACAGCUCAAAGUAUGUUUUGCAGCUGGGCUUCUUGUUUUGACAUGCGAAUGCCUUUUGGAAGUUCCGUAGCUUCUCACAUUUAUUUGCCGCAAUGCAAUUUUCAACCCAUGGGGUAAAUCAGCCCGGCUUUGCAGAGAGCUGGGGCGAUGAGUUCCUGUGUGCCCCUUGAGGUACUCGUACCCUCAUCCUGUGAUACAUGUGGGGUAAUUUGAGGUAGAUAUAUCCCUCAAAUAAAAGCCAGAGACUUGCUGGCACACACAUGGCGCGAUGCGAGUCGUGGUGCUGGCUGGCAAUGGCAAAGGUGACUGUAGUUUCCUUGUCUGAAAUACCUAUAUGCUUGUUGUUCUCACGCUACUAACUGGUGGGAGCUGCCCGUUUUUGGAAGCUGAUCCCAGUUCCAAAUCCCAGUUGGGCGCAGCAUGAGCGCAUCGCUGGGCUCGUCACGCACGUCAGCCAGCGGUUACUUCCACCCAUCCCCCAGCUGGGUUACACACGGACAUCAGCUUUUGUUCUGUGCUCUCAAGUCAUCAAAAUGCAGAAUUACAGGAGGCAAUGGUUGUUUAAUAAUCAGCUGAUCUUUAGAGUGUUCUGUUGUAACGCACUGAGUUGGUGGGGGUUUUGUUGAACUUACAAAGCAUCUACGUUUUUGGUUUGGAAAUUGGUAAAAGCAUGUGGCAUGGCUUCAAGCACUGAGUGCUUUCAGAUGCCGUUCUGUUCCUUUGAUUAUCGAAAAUGAUUUCUGCACAAUCCCGCUAAUUUUUCUCUUUGUACGCCUCUAAUUUCGGGAGACCAUUAGAAAGUCCAUCUACGCGGAGUGCUUAUUGCCACCACGAGAGAGAUUUCUGCAGAGCCAAAUUUUAGCAAAUGCAGUCAUUCCCGAGGAUUUGGAGCAUUUUUCUUCCUGCGUUUCUUCCCCCAGAUAUCUCUUUAAGAUUUGUGCACGUGUGUACAUCGCUUGGAGCUCACGCUACUCCUUUUCUUCUCCAUAGCAUCCAUUGUUUGGUGUCAUGUAGCUCAGCACCAGCCCAGUUCUGCUUCCCAGUGCCCUGGGAGCUGUACACAAGGAGCAGACACCCCAAAAGGCUCCCGAGCCCUGGGUACCAUCUCUUGCUGUCCUUCAGGUGCAGGCACCGAGGGCAGAGCCACUUAUCCCCCCGUUAGCUUUGUGGUGCUUUGUACCUUGUCACCUGAAUUGUAUUACAAACGCGGAUUAAUCUUAACGCCAUCUGAAUGUGGUAGGGCUGUAUUAUUAUAUCCCUCAUGAUGGAAGGGGAACCUGUGACUAAGAAAUUAAGCAAUUUGUGUGCUGACAGUGGCAGAGUGAGGUAUAAAGCCCGGGUUUUCUGAUACCUGCUCUGUCCAUUAACACGAGAUGCAGUUAUUCUCUGGGGGAUUCCUCACUACCACAGGUAGGGUUUCUUUGCCUCAUAGGGGGAAAUAGCCUUUCCAAUACUGAUUUACCUUAGCUUUAGUCACAAACCUGGCAAAUUGACACUUGGCAAAUGUUGUUUCAGUUCUACAUUCUGCCAGAAGAAAACAAUUUGGGAGAAAAAAUCAGCACUUUACUAUGUUUAAGAAAAAGAUCACGUUUCCAGCAGAAACAACAUUUAAACUUGUACUUGAAAAGUAGUUUAACAUAAUAAAAAGCAAAACGAAGAGAAAGUGUACUAUUUUGUUACCCACGGUGAUUUUUCCAGCAGCUUGCUCUCAGAAUUCAAAAUGAAAUGUUUUAUAUCAUUGUGAAUUACACUUCCCAUCCAUUCUCCCCCGAGUCAGCGCUGCAGACACCAGAAGAUGUUGUUUACAAAUUUGUGUUGCAGAUUUAGCAUCCUGAUUUCUUAUCACAGUUUUUACAUGUGUAACAGGCUUUCUCCUCGCUGGAAGAAAGCUGAGCUCCCUACCACUGUGGAAGAUGCUUGUUCCAGACCCACUGGGAAUGAUUUCCAGAAGCAGAGCUCAUUCCGUCUGUUUUGACCAUGGUGUUUGAGCGCUGGGCCCUCCUUUCUUCUCCUCUGUUACCUUUUCUUUUUUUCUCAGAGGAGACUUCUUCUGUAGUUGUUAGCAAAAUGUACUAUAUAUUAUACCAGCACUAAAUUGAAACCCAGCAUACCGAGUCAAAACUGUGCAUUUUUCAUGUGAUCUGAAAUACCAGAGCAUUUAAUCUCUUGAUCAGCUUUUUUUUUUUUUCCCUUUUGCUUCUGUAUGGGUUUUUUUCCCCUAAGUACCUCUAGAAUUAAAAGAUAAAGGGAAAAUACAUUUUUUGCCUGUCCAGCAGCCCUUGUCUCCCCCUCUCAGCGGGAGUGCCGGUGCCCGCGCCCUCCUCCUCUCCCCGAGGUGGAGCUGGGAUCAGUUGGGUUGCACUGGGUUGUGUUGUGCUCUUGUACCUCCACACCCUCUCCUGGCGAUCGCCGCCUGGUUCUGAGUUGAGAAAUAGCUGCAGAACUACUGGUGUGUGCAUGGGGAGCUGCUGUGAUGAGUGCAAAAGGAAGGAAAAUAGAAGAAUCUUACUGCCCAUCUGUAAAUACUCCAUUCCCAUAAUUUCUUACGUGUUUCUUGACUCGGAGUGAGUGUAACAUCCUACCAGAAGGACCUCUGCUGUGUGGCUGCAGGGAGAAGGACAAGGCCCGCAGCCCCUGAUCCUGUAGACGUUUCCCUGGGCUUAGCAUGGAGCGCAGGAAUCGGUGAUUUGAUCCAUGGAGGGCCGUGUGCAUACAGUAAAUCAUCCAUUAUGCAAGAGUGCUCCUGGCAUUGGCCCAAAGUUGAAGUUUCCUUGCUUGUGUGGAGCAAGCAUGAUCCGAGUCUGUCCCGCUGCCCCAAGUCUUGCACCUGGAGGGACUGAUGCAGUGGUGCUCGGGGUGUGCAAGCUGCCCCUGGGCUGGCUGAUCCUGGAGAUGGAUCUUUGGCUCCUGCUGAACCCACACAGGAGCAGGGCUCAGCCACCUUCCCUGAUCUGUUGGGCUGGGUGAAGCUUCUUCAUGUGCCCAUCUGGCAACCCAAGGGCUUACUGAAGCCUUUGGUUUUUUCAGAGGCAGUAAAUGCUCAGAGCUCCCUUCUGACUUCCCUUGCAGUUGUUCAAGAUGAACGCUUACAGAAUUUAAUUUCUCCAUGACAUGUUUUUUUCCCAUUGCCAAUUCGGGCUUAGCAUGGUGGCUAAGUUCAUUACCAAUUUCUUUGAAAACAAUGGUGGAAGAUGCCCUUGAUCUAUAGACGAGUAUUUUAUUAUUCUUGCAUAUACAUUUUUAGGACUUUUCUUCUGCUGCUUCAGAGCAAACAAAUGGAACAGAUCUCUUCGUAUCCAGUGGGGAAUACAUUUUAUUCUUUACCAAAAUGUUGUUGUAAUAAAAUGUUUUUGUUUGUUAGAAUGUUCUCUGUUUUAUUUGUAAGCCACAAAUGUGUCUUCCCAUUUUGAUUCUCACAAAAGAAGAAAUUUUCCAAUGUGCCUUAAAUUCAUUAGUUAAUUCAAUAUGAUGCCAAUCAGAUACUCUCUGUGAAUUGCAUAAAUAAUCUUUUGGGGCCCAUGUUUUGCAUGUCUGUGUAAUAUCCAACGUAAUUUUAAAGACUGUGGUUCUUGGGGACAGAAUUGGAGGAGAAGAUGUUUGAAGAGGAUUUGUAAUAUUUACUGCAAUAAAGAAAUUUAGGGAUUACUCAAAGAUCCCGUCAGUAUUUGGGUCAGAAAUAGAGCCUUGAGGCAUUAGUAUGAUAGGCAAGUAGAAGCAUUAGAGUGUAUUAGUGAUUUAGCUAUCAUAAUAGCACAAUAGUCUAUCGUGUGAUGGCUAGUGCACUAAACAUUUAUUGUGGAUUAGCAGUGAAAACACACAGGCUGUCUUGCAAACAGACCCAAGGUAGCUGUUCCCCCUUUGCUGAGUCUGUCCUGGAAGGCAUGUGUUUGAAGUGAAGAAAUUUGUUAUUGCUGCAGAGAAGGACAGAAUUGUUUCCUUCUAAGUGUUUUAAUUAGAAAAGGAAAAUGUUGCUUCACUCAGAAUGAUUCGCUACGUAAGUACUGGAUGACCUGUUCUUCUAGGAAAAGGGAUUUGUGAGUGAAAGCAGCACAUGCUAAGUUAGAUGUGUGUUUUGGGGAGCCAUUUUAAUAGCUCCUCUGAAAAUGGUAACUCUGUAUGGAAAUUUUUAUUAUGUUUCCAAAUGACAAUUUUCUGUUGCAUAAUUCCAUCUAAAUCCUUCUGCGUGCUCCAACUAUAAAAAAAAAAGACUUAAUCCAUAUGAAUACUGAAAGACCGCUAGAUACAAAUUGAGUUUUGUCUGAUGUCUCUGAGUGUUUUUCUGUCUCAUAAACAUGUAUUUUUUUUCUGAAGGAAACAGGAGAUAAUAGGCAGAAGUCUCUUACUCCUUUUCGCUUUGUAGGGCCGGGGUUUAGAGCCUUUGAUCCUCCCCUCCUUGGCCGUGACCUCUGGUAGGGUCUUAAAAUUAUACAUUCCAGAUUACACCUCCACAAUUUUCUGUCCUGGGAUGAUGAAAGGAUUUGUGUAUUAUGAUAAUAAUGUAAAGAAUCCUUUAGGUGCCUAGUUAGUAUAGUUAAUUUGAAACUACAACAAAAAAUGCAAUUUCCAAAGCAAAUUAGAAUAUCCAUAAAGUGUUAAACAGAUACCUAACUAAUUUCUAAUCACUGUUGUAUUCCUGAGUAUCCAACACCGGUCUUUUUAUAGGCCUGCCUGCUUGCUCCCAUUUAAUUUGUCCUUAGCUGUAUGCAGUGGAUUAGCAUUUCAUCAGAGCGGAUUAAGAUUGAGCUGACAUUGGAGCUUUCCUUUUUAUUUUUGUACGUGCGCGUGGGGCCGUGCGGAUGCGCGCACGUUCUGUUAUCUCACCGCCCAUUCUCCACGGGUGCUGGUGCGGAUGGGAGCGGUGAAUUUACGAGGAAGGAGACAACUGAAACCGACGAAAAAAUGUGUCAAAAGCAACAUGCAAAAAAAAAAAAAAAUCCCUUGGGGGGAGAAAUUGCAUUGAGAUUGCUGGCUGGCUUGGUGCGGGAGAUUUCAUCGGGCUAAAAUGAUGUCACAUGGAGCAAAGGCUUUAGCGGUUUUAUUUAGCCCCUAAUCCCCGCGCUGCUCGGCCAGUUGUCCAUGUGAGCGCACUGUCCUGAGCGGCAGAGGAUAAAGCAUCGGAGCCGAGCACGGCAGCCUCUUCCGCGGCCGUGCUGCACGGGAAGGUCCUUCCCCCACCACUGUGCAGCCAGGCCGGGUUACAUGCUUCGCCUCCUAAAGUUUCGAAGAAUUAAUAAUUCAGGCGACACUUGGAAAGAUAAAGCCGACGGUCGGCUUGUGAAGGGAGGGCUCGAGCCGGGCACGGUCUGCUGUUGAUGCUGGCUGGGGAAGUGGUGAGAAGGAAGGUGCCUCCACUUCUCCGUCCCUGUGGGAGCAAGCGUUGCGGCGGUGAUGCCCAUCCCCAGCAAGCACCCCAACAUCGGCCGCUCGCAGAGCUGGGAUGCCGCCGGCUGGUACGAGGGCGCCUGGGAAGGCGAGAAUGCUUUCGAGUACCAGAGGCCGCCGGGCCGGAGGAGCUCCCUGACCUACGGCGGCGAGGGCGGCUGGUAUGAGCCACCGGGCCUCCGUGCCAACGAUAUCAUCUUGCAGGGCGGUGCGGAGCUGAAGCAAGAGGCGUACCCCUACCAGGAUGCUGCCUUUGCCCCAGGGCCCCUCAGGAAGGGCUCUGUCCCUGACUUCACCUACUGUGACCGGCAGGCAGUCAUGGCGGGACGGGGCACCCAGGAUUACUACAGUGACCCAUCCUUGUCAGCUAGGUCACCCAAGGACCCUCGUUGCUACCAGGCGAUGAGCCGGCCACCGGCGGGCUACGGGAUUCCAGGCAGCCGGCUAUCCUGGGACCAGGCCCCGGGCCGCCCACCUGCACCCCCAGAGGCCGCCCGCCACUACAGGGACCCCAAAAUGGCCAUGGAUGGGCAGCGACUGCGCAACAGGGACGUCUCGCCGGCACGGUACGGCACGGAGCCCCCUGGCCUGCGGUAUGGAGCGGAACCACCAAACUUCCCUGGUCGUCCAGCCUAUGGCGAUGGGGCUGAGCGGCCUCCCGAGGCGGCGGGCAGCAGGCAGGCCGUCCCCACGUGCCUAGUGGUGGAUCCUGCUGGUGGCUAUGGGCCAGGCCGGGAGGCCACCAGCACCAAGGGCCCUUACGACAGCUACGAGGCAAUGGCGGUGGCACCGACGCACCCGCCAGUGCCCACGGCCUUCCCCGGGCAGGAGGGGAAGAGGAGCUUCGACCCCGAGUUUGUGGCAUUGCUGCGUGCCGAAGGCGUCUCGGAGAGCACCUUCGCUGCGCUACUGCAGCAGGGCUUCGACUCGCCCAACCUGCUGGCCAUGAUGGAGGAGAACGACAUCAAGUCGGUGGCUCCCAACCUGGGGCAGGCGCGUGUGCUGUCACGCAUCGCCCACAACUACAAGGCCGAAAUGCAGCUGCAGCGGCAGGAACGGAGGAGCGGAUCGCUGCGCCCCAGGACCCGCUCCAACAGCUUCAGCCACCGCAGCGAGCUGCUGGGCGACUACGGGGUGAACGUGGGCUCGGGACCAGCUGCUGAUGGCCUCACUGCCCCACAGCCUCCAUUGCAGCCACCUUCCCCAAGGGCGGGGGAGAUGCACCGGCGGCCAUCCAGCGCCCCGACCCAGCACCUACUGGAGACCACCUACCCCACCGGCACUCCGCAGGGGCCGCAAUUCCUUUCCAAUUCUGGAUACAACACGCCCCUGCCUUGCAACGUGCCCCCACGACCAGCCUCCACCUAUUCCGCUCCUGCUGGCACACCUAUGACCACGGCCAACCCGCAUGCCAGCCCCAAAACGGCAUACCCCACCACCUACACCGUGCCCAUGGAACUGAUGAAGAGAGAGCGGACGGCGGCAUCACCAGCCCCCAGCCCGCACGGCAGCCCGCAGCUCCUCCGCCGGCCGGGUGCACCCGGGGAUGGCAGCCUGGCCCCUGCUGGCCCCACGUUCCCCGCACAGCUGUCCCCAUACCCGAAGCUCAGCAGGCGCACGGGGCCUCCUGUCAUUGUCUCCACGAUGGCAUCGCCCGAACCAAGUAAUUUUCUAAGGAUCUUUGUGGUAGUUUAGAAUCACCUUGUUGUUGCUUGUGUGAAUUCCUAAGGAACGUGGGCAGGUGUAGUCGGGUUUUGUGCCAAAAUACUAGGUGCCUCCCCUAUCUAGAAAAGGGCUUCUUUGUAAGGCUUCACAGAGCAGAGAUGCUGGUUCUCCCUGUGUGUGUUUUAUUUGCUCAGCUAACUUCAGCUGACAGUGAGCGGCAUGUCAGGUAACGCGGCCGUGGGUGAGCUUUCCGUCCUGUUGUUUGUGGAGAAUGGGAGAUUAGAUACUGCACUCGCUGAGCAAUUAGGACCACGGGGUUUGCUGCAGAUCGACUUUUUACCGCUGUUAUCAGGCACAAAUGUGUUCCUCAAGGAAAUAGUUAGCAUUGUUUUGACUGAAUUCAUCAGAUAGCUAAUGGCGUUACUUGGGAAUCGACUUACCUUUGGCCAUUACCUAAGUCUUUUCUUCUUAUUAUUAAUUUGCUGUUUUUUCAGGCAUAUAGAAUAACCCCCCUGAUUUCCUUCUGGAGAUGCCUAUAAGGGAAGUGAUAUAGCUGUUAAAGUAAUAGGGCUGUGCUGAAAACUAAAAGCCUGUCGUUAAGCUCUGGAACAAUAAAAAUGAAUGGUGGCUCCUCUUCUCCCUUCCCUUUCCGCAAGCUGAGCUACACGGCCCAGUGGCUUGGGCAGGCUUAGGAGAUACUAGCCCCAAAAAUAUGCCACUAAGUAAGGGGAAAUUUAGAAAAUCCAUUCAUUUGUGGCUUGACUUGUUUGAAAAAUGUACAGAAAAACCCUUGAAAUGUUUUUUCCUGGUAGUGAGUCUAUGGGCAGGGAAUUUUCUCUCUGCAUAGUUCAGCUGAACUGCCGUACAAACAAGUCUCAAACAAUGUACCCUGCAAGCACACACAUACAGAGCCUUAAUAAAAGUCUCCCAUUUAUAGGCGUGGAAACAGUGCCAAACCAGUGAUGACAUUCCGCAGGAAUCUAAAUAAAGAAGGAUUUUGUGAGUGGAAGUGAUAAAGUUGUCAAAAUGCAGCCGGUUGGCGCGCCCCUUUCCCUGCCUUACCGUAAUUACACGGCUCGAGAGGGGAUGCCCUUUCUUUCAUGCUCGUGCAUCCUUUACGCAGCUGGAGUAAGGUAUUGAUUUAUAGCAAUACUUAAAUAUUAGGCAACGCGUUUUGUGUCGACACUAUUCAGAGGCAGAAGUAGCACAUCCAGGCAGUACUUUGAAAUAGGCACUUUCCCAGAGCCCCAAAGAAGGACAGAGUGGCACAACGCGGGGAGCACGAGUGCGUUAGCGUAUUCGCAGCGCGAUCGAUGCGAGCGACCGCAGUAACAUGUCGGAGCAGCCUCCUCUGGAACCAGCAGCCGCCCCUUCCUGCCAUUUGUCUCCUAUAUAAACCACAAACCUUAUUCUCUAAAAAUCUAUAUAUUGUCUAUUUUCUUUAAAAGAAUUACCGGUGCGCAACAAGAGGAAGCCGGCAGCGUUUCAGUGCCGCCGAGCUCUUUCUCACUACUCAAACCUCUUUUUUCUUCCCCCCACAACCAACUCAUUUGCAUGAGGAUGACAUUUGUUGCUCCAGUAAUUUCAUCUGAUAAUGGCCAGCUUGCAAAGCGGAUCUGAAAACAUAUUCCUUAAUUAUGUGUUGCUAAGCAACCAGAGGGUUUGGACAUAAUCACAGAAAGAUUAUCUUCUCAUUGAAGUCCCUGAAAGGUUUAGCUGAAGUAGGACCUGUAAAAUUGUCUUCAUUUUUAUUUAUCUCCCCUUUUUAUUUUCCAAAUAGCCGGAGAGGUUUUCUUCCCG